UUUUAUUUAAGUGAUAGUUUAAUUAAUAAACAUGUCAAGUUUAUUGCUGCAGAGGGUUGCUCUUGGUUUGUUCUGAGGCGGGGGGGCCGUGCCGCGCCGGCGGAGCGGGUGCGUGGGGUCGGGGGCUGAUGAUGGUGGAGAUUUUGGGGAUUUCCCUUGUGCAGUCACGGAGCUCGUGCUCCCGGUCACGGCUCGCUGCGGGGGGAUGUGGAAUUGGGCCGUGCUGGUGGGCGGAGGAGCCGCGGCCCGGCUGCGAUAGGAGGGGCUGGGUGAACGUUAACCGCCCGCUGCCUGCCCUCCUGCCCCCGGGAGCUCCCUGCGGGCUGCACGCUGCGCCAUGGCCACCGCCAACGACAGAGCGGUGCUGCAGAGCAUCUUCAACCCCAGCACGCCCUUCGGGGACAUCCCCGGGCUGGAUGAGGACGAGGACGUCCAGCAGGAAGAGGAGGAGGCCUUCCCGCCGGAGCUGCUGGAGCAGGUGCGCGACCUGGAGCUGCAGGGGGUUUCCGCCGCCGAAUCCGGAGAUGUGAGCGCGGCCCUGGAGCGGUUCAGCGAGGCCAUCCGCCUGCUGCCCGAGCGCGCCUCGGCCUACAACAACCGGGCCCAGGCGCUGCGCCUCAAGGGCGACGUGGCAGGUGCACUGCGGGACCUGGACACCGCCAUCCGCCUGGGCCGGGGCUGCGGCCGCGCUGCGUGCCAGAGCCUGGUGCAGCGCGGGCUGAUCCGCCGGCUGCAGGCCCGCGAGGACGACGCCCGGAGCGACUUCCAGCGGGCGGCACGGCUUGGCAGCGCCUUCGCACGGCGGCAGCUGGUGCUGCUCAACCCCUACUCGGCGCUCUGCAACCAGAUGCUGAGCGAGAUGCUGGGGCGGCUGCGCAACCCCGACGUGGCCGGCAGCGACUGAGGCCUUUGGGUCCCCACCUUGGCCCGAACUCAGCGCAGGGCUGUGCUUGGAAGGACUCUGAAGGUUUAGAGGAGCCGGCGGCACGCAGCUGCUCCCUGCUGCAUGGCUGCCAUGGGGAAAGCUUCCUGCACCUCGGCUUUGUCGUGGCUCUGUUCCAUUGCAAAUAAACCUCCCUGGCUGCCCAGCGGGUUCUGGCUGUGGU